AUGGAAAUGAACAAUGGAAGUUUCAACAUGGACUUCAUCCUUCUGGGGUUCUCUGAAUGGCCCCAACUGGAACGUAUCAUCUCGGUGAUUGUCCUCAUCUUCUAUGUUGUGAUUCUGGUGGGAAACACGAUGAUCAUCCUGGUGUCAAAUCUGGACCCCAAGCUCCACACACCCAUGUACUUCUUCCUCUCCAAUCUGUCCUUCUUGGAUCUCUGUUACACCAACAGUGUUAUCCCUCAGAUGCUGGUACAUAUGUGGGGUCCAGAAAAAUCCAUUUCUCGUCUUAGUUGUAUGUUCCAAGUUGCCAUCGCCGGAGACCUGGGUGCCACAGAGUGUCUGCUCUUGGCUGUGAUGGCCUAUGACCGCUAUGCUGCUGUGUGCCAGCCUCUGCACUACACGGUGAUAAUGCACCCCCAGCUCUGCCACAGUAUGGUGCUGGCUGCCUGGUUAACUAGUAUUGGCUGUACCACUCUUAUUUUCACUUUGAUAUUGAUGUUGCCUAGAUGUGGGCACCAAACGGUGGAUAACUUUUUCUGUGAGAUCCUAGAUCUCAUCAAGACUGCUUGCGCCUAUUCAAUGGUACUUGAGGUACUUUUCCUUUCUCUCUCAGUGGUACUUCUUCUAGUUCCUCUAACAGUAAUUCUCAUCUCCUAUGGAGCAAUCACUCGGGCUGUCAUGAGGAUCAAGUCAGCAACAAGAUGGCAGAAGCUCCUCAGCACCUGUGGCUCCCACCUCACCGUGGUGACCCUCUUUUAUGGGGCUAUCAUGUCUAUGUACAUGAGGCCACAGAACAGCUUCUCCAAAAAUGAGGGAAAGUUCAUUGCUCUGGUGUACGUGAUACUUAUACCCAGCCUUAACCCACUCAUCUACUCCUUAAGAAACAAAGAUGUAAAGAAUGCAGUCAAGAAAAUCCUAUCACAGGAGCGAGCGCGGCUGGGGUCCACUGCUGCCGUGUCCGCUCAGCGCCACCAGGUGGCGGUGUUGAGAACUGACCUCGCCGCCGGCGCUGCCACGGCCCCCGCGGCCACGAAAUCUCUGCACAGGCUGCAUCUCUGCACCGGCCACGGCGGUCUGCCUGCAGGACACCCUGCACCCACUUCUGCACGACACAUCUUCCCCCACCUGGACCCCGGGCUGGCUCUGUGA